CAGAACAUUCGAUGGUACGUCGGUUCCCAACGGACGGACCAUUCUCUGUCUCACGCGGUGCCAUCGUCGUUGUCACUGUCACUCCGUAAGAUCGCACAAGAAAGUCUCCCAAGGGCCAGCGGUAGUUUCCUUCAGGACCGGGCCGUUCGGAAAUUUCUCUUUAUAUAUUUUGCUCGGUUUGGUGAAAACUCUUCGACAGGACAAAUUGAGCUCCGCGGACGGCAUCGAAAAAUAAAGAAAAACACACGAACAAAAAAAGUUAAUCACCAUGCGUGAUUAAGCAUCGAACCCGAUUUACUUUUGUGCAACCGUGAAAGUGGCUAAAUAAUUUUAACGCGUUUUCGGUUUGGGAAAUGGUGAUAUCCGCAGGCUCUAAGUGUGUGAGCCUGGGGAGCAAGCUUUUGCGAACGAUGCGGUUAAACCGGAAGCUUUCUGUGCCGGGCGUUUCCCACGUGAUAGUGGUUGUGUUUGGUGUGCUGCUACUUGCAGAUCCAUCAUCGGCGGUGGAUUGCAUCCGGACGCCAUGUGACUGCAAAGGACUUCAAGGAGCACCGGGGCAAAAAGGUGUACAUGGUAUUCCGGGAUCGGUCGGUUUCCCUGGUGAUAUUGGCUUUGAAGGUCCUCCGGGUUAUCCUGGCAGUCGAGGUGAUCGUGGUGAAGUUGGAUCCAUGGGCGAGAAAGGUUACAGAGGAGAGACCGGCGCACCGGGGCCAGUUGGAUAUCCAGGAAUUCCGGGCUUUCCGGGAGAUGAUGGGCCACGUGGUCCGCGGGGAAUAGAUGGAUGCAACGGAACGGACGGUGCCAUGGGUAUCCCUGGAAUGCCAGGUUGGCCAGGAGAUCGCGGACAACCAGGUCUUCAAGGACCCCCUGGUUUUCGAGGAGAUUCUGGAGAAGGUGGUAUAAAUUCAAAAGGAACUAAAGGAUCUAUGGGUGAACCAGGUCGACCUGGAGCGAUGGGGCCGCAUGGAUUCAAUGGAAGCCGUGGGCUUCCUGGUUUUGAUGGUAUAGGUGGAUAUGAUGGACUUCCAGGUUCUAAAGGAGAGAUAGGUGAUGAAGGCGAACCUUCCAUUCCGUUCUGCCCAGGCGAACCUGGUGAACCAGGAGAGCCAUAUUACUAUUUCUCUAGCAAAAACUCUACGGUUAGUAAAGGUGUGCAAGGUCCGAAAGGAGACCGCGGAGAAGAUGGUACUCCAGGAUUUCAUGGUAGAAAGGGAGACUCUGGAGCCUAUGGUGAGCGUGGAUUAAAAGGUUUCAAAGGAGAGGAAGGAAAUGUUGGUGAUCGGGGAAAGCAAGGAAAAGAUGGUCCACCUGGUCCUCCUGGUGAUAAAGGAGAAAAAGGAGCUCCUGGUUAUGCGGGUCGUGAUGGAGAAUUCGGAGACAAAGGUGAAGCUGGUGAUAACGGUCAGCCAGGUGUUCCUGGAAUUCAAGGUACUCGUGGUUCUCCUGGCUUAUACGACCCAACAUUGGCACCAAUAAUAAUCGGGCCAGUAGGACCGCAAGGUGAUGUUGGACCCCAAGGCAAUCAAGGAUUAGGAGGAAUACCAGGAGAUCCAGGACGACGUGGUUUAAUGGGCUUCCAGGGUCCACCCGGAGAUCCCGGGUUGGAUGGUCCUCAGGGAAAAAAGGGUUCCACGAUUGCUGGACAACGAGGUGACGAUGGAGAAAGUGGCCCAAGAGGCCCUGCCGGCAUUAGGGGAACUCCAGGUCCAGGUGGAUUGUACGGUCAAAAAGGGUUCCCAGGAAGAGACAUGCAAGGAUUGAAGGGUGAAUCAGGUACGCCUGGUUUGAAUGGCGAAUACGGGGAGAAAGGUGAUCAAGGAGAACUCGGCGAAACUGGUGAUAAAGGUCUUCCGGGAAUUGGCGUUAACAUCACAGGACCAAUGGGACCCGACGGUAUACCAGGCCGGCCGGGCCCAAUAGGUGAUGCUGGAUGGAACGCAUAUAGUGGACCUAAAGGAGAUAAAGGUUUUACUGGUGAUGAUUGUGGAGUUUGCGCACCUGGCCCUCGAGGAAUUAAGGGCGAUGGUGGUGAUAUAGGACGUCCUGGAUGGGAUGGAAUCGAUGGUAACCGUGGUCUUACUGGUCCUAGAGGUUUGAAGGGAAUGUCUGGAAAAUCAGGAAUUCAAGGAAUUCAAGGCUUGAAAGGCAUUCCGGGUGAAAACGGUGAACCUGGCCGACCGGGUGAUAAAGGUCCAAAAGGUUUCAUCAUUCGUCGGGGCAGUUUGGUUUCUUAUCCUGGUGAUAAAGGAGAUGUAGGUUACCGUGGCUUGCAAGGUGAACAGGGUGAUGAAGGGUAUUUCGGAAGUCCUGGCGAACAAGGAGGCCCUGGGGAGCAAGGCGAAGUCGGUAACGAUGGUAAUCCUGGUUUAAGAGGUCGUGAUGGCGAUCCAGGUAUCCCUGGACGAGACGGUAUUCACGGUCGAGAUGCUGCUCACAAUUCCUACACGAUUUGGUCCUUGAGAGGAACUCCUGGAUUGCCCGGUGAUAUUGGUUUCAAGGGAGAACGAGGAGAUCAAGGUAAUCAUGGGGAGCCUGGUUCCGUUGCCGAUGUGGACUACAAGAUCAUUGGAGAUAGGGGACCACGGGGAGAGUUUGGGGAUGAAGGUUUGAAGGGAGUAAAAGGAUACAAAGGAGAAACGGGAGAAGUAGGAUUCGCAGGCCCAGAUGGCAGACCAGGCCCUCCAGGUAGCAGUAUUCAAGGUCAAAAGGGUCACAAAGGAUACUUUGGAAUGACUGGUGAUCAUGGACAGCAAGGAGAGGAAGGUUUACCUGGUUUACGUGGGAUAAACGGAUCUAAUGGUUUGAUGGGUCUAAAAGGUGCACGUGGAGAUCCCGGACGAGCUGUGCUAUAUGGUGAAAUGGGAGAAGAAGGUGAAGCUGGAUAUUUCGGGGAGUUCGGCGACAAGGGGUACAAGGGUCCAGAUGGUUUUCGAGGACCGCCUGGAAUAGUCGGUGCUAAGGGAGAAAAGGGAGACGACGGUAUGAUGGGACGCAUUGGAUUACCUGGUAACAAGGGUAUGGUGGGAGAUAUAAUCUAUGGAAACCGCGGAGCACCUGGCGCACCAGGAAGACCUGGCCUCACUGCACCAUACGGAGACAAGGGAGAGCGGGGCGAACCCGGUAGCGAAGGCCCACAAGGACCGAAGGGAGAAAUCGGUGAUACCGGGCGGGAUGGCCUACCAGGUUUACCUGGUGAUGAUGGAGAGCCUGGUGAACCGGGUCUCCGAGGUAUCCGUGGUUAUAUGGGUGAGGAAGGAUACCAGGGAGAGCGUGGCGAAAUUGGAGACCCAGGUAAUAUUGGUUUGACGGGUCGACGAGGAGAAGAUGGGUUGAGAGCGCUGAAGGGUGAAGCAGGAGAUAUUGGAGAGGCCGGUUUUCCUGGAUUGAUCGGUCGUAACGGGACCAAAGGAGAACUAGGUGAUAUAGGUUUCCAGGGUGCACCGGGUAUGAAAGGAUCCGCUUCCUUCAGUGGCAAUAAAGGUGAAGUUGGAGUGUACGGAUUGCAUGGUCCUCCCGGAUUAGCUGGUGCGGUGGGGUUGCCCGGAUUGAAAGGAGUUGAAGGCGAUGCUGGAACCGUAAUUGAUGGCUACCCUGGUAUAAGCGGUCCCAAAGGUGCACCUGGCUAUAAUGGUCGACCAGGGCGACCUGGAUUCAAAGGAGAACGUGGUGAAGAAGGAAAUUUAGGUGCCAAAGGUAUUCAAGGUGAUAAAGGUAAAGACGGGUAUCCUGGAAUCAACGGUCGCUUUGGCAAAGAUGGACCACGAGGUUUGAUGGGGCUGCGAGGACUUUCGGGCAGUAGAGGUGAAACCGGAGAACAAGGAGAAAUUGGCUUUGUCGGAUUCGUUGGAGAAAAGGGCGAACGGGGCGAUAUUGGUCGUAUUGGCCUAUCAGGGCUGCAAGGUCUACCAGGAGAGCAAGGAAUUCCCGGACUACCAGGUGAACUAAUAUUCAGAGCACCACAAAAAGGUGAUCGUGGUGAACUUGGCCAACAAGGUUUCGAAGGAUUGUCUGGAUUGACAGGAUUGAAGGGAAGGCCAGGUUAUCCUGGCGAAAAAGGAGAUCCAGGACCAAGAGGAGAGCCAGGAUUUGCAGGACGGAAUGGUUUAGAUGGACUGAAAGGACAGCAAGGAGAACCAGGAUACAAAGGACCACAUGGUACACUUGUUACUCGGCCAGAACCAGGAGAUCAAGGAGAUGCGGGAUACGAUGGGUUCCCAGGUCGACCAGGUGUAAGUGGAAACAAGGGUGCCCCAGGAGACUAUGGUGAUGAUGGCCCAGUCGGAUCCCGUGGUAUGGUCGGUGCAGUUAGUGGUGCGUUCAAAGGAAUGAAAGGUGAAAUUGGCUUUGAAGGUGCUCCAGGAUUGGAAGGCCUGCCAGGAUUGCCAGGCCCGCAAGGAAUGAUGGGAACACCUGGUGAAAAAGGUCUUCCUGGAAGCAUUGGUUUCUCUAUCCGCGGCAUUAAAGGAGAAGUUGGAAUGGACGGAUUGAUUGGAUUAGAUGGAAUGCCGGGACCAACCGGUUUCCCAGGUGACGUAGGCCCAGUUGGACGUCCAGGUCUGCGAGGAUUACCGGGACUGAAGGCUGAAAUCGGCGAAGUAGGUGAAGGGGGCUACUUUGGACGUUUAGGAUUAAAGGGCAUAAAGGGAGAGCGAGGUGAUCCGAUACCAUUGAACAACUGGGCACCAACCCAACCCGGCGAUCGUGGUGUUCCUGGAAAUAAGGGAGCUCCUGGUGAUGUGGGUGAUAUGGGUCUACCUGGAUACCCGGGACUUGUUGGUCUUAAAGGAGAAAAAGGACGACAAGGCUUCGCUGGUGAGGAGGGACAAAUGGGUAUCAUGGGCGAAAAGGGAUUCCAAGGAGCUCCAGGACGUGAUGGUUUAGACGGAUAUCCUGGUCUGCGUGGCGAAAUCGGUGAUGCAGCACCACCACCUCCUCCUGCUAAGAGUCGAGGCUACGUAUUCACAAAGCAUUCCCAAACGGUGUAUGUGCCGGAGUGUCCUCUUAACACCAUCAAAUUAUGGGAUGGCUAUUCCCUGGUAAGUGUUAUCGGUAGCAGCAGGACAGUGGGACAGGACCUAGGAACUGCGGGAUCAUGUUUGCGAAGGUUCAGCACAAUGCCAUAUUUGUUCUGUGACAUUAAUAACGUUUGCAACUACGCUACCAACAACGACGACAGUAUCUGGCUUGCUUCCCCUGAACCGAUGCCGAUGUCGAUGGCGCCAAUGAAAUCUCGAGAAGUAGAGAAAUACAUCUCAAGAUGUUCAGUGUGUGAAACGAGCACACGAGUGAUCGCUAUCCAUAGUCAAACAAUGGCGAUUCCAGAUUGUCCUGGAGGAUGGGAAGAAUUGUGGAUCGGUUACAGCUACGUGAUGCAUACAACUGAUAACACUGGUGGAUUCGGAAUGGAUUUGACUUCACCAGGAUCUUGUAUGGAGGACUUCCGCGCUCAACCAGUCAUCGAAUGCCAUGGACAUGGCACAUGUAAUUUCUAUGAUGGUAUCACUUCAUUCUGGUUGACUAUCAUUGAGGAUGGCGAAGAAUUCAGCCAGCCAAAACAACAAACCUUGAAAGCCGAUCAGACUAGCAAGAUAAGCAGGUGUAUAGUCUGCCGCCGAAAGGCCGGUUUCCUGCGAGCGCUCUCGGAUGGUGCAAUCAGUGCCUCGGCACUACGCCGCCCAAACAUCGCAACUGUUCAGAAACCGUACUAUCCACCUCCACCUCAGCAAUCGCCAAGACGACGAAUUCGGCCAGGAGGUAGAUCACGAAACCGUCAAUAAGGGGGACGCCCUUUGGCCUUUUAGUAGAUUGUAUAUGAAAGUCGUUGAACUCGACUUUAGUUAUGUUAAUUGUGCCAUUUAAAUCUUUGCAAAACUUCGACUAAUGAACUGCCGCCAAUAGCAUUUUUUUAACAAAUCGCAAAGAUCUUGACGAAAUAUAGGACUUCUAUUUGCUAAAAACUGUUAGUGUAAUUACCAUAAUGCUCCUAUUUCGCUUCCGUAAACAGUUUGGUAAAAGUUAGUUACUAAGAAAACCCAAUGCCAAAAAAUGAGGGAAAGUGUACGUUUUCAAUGUAAGUUAAAAGAAGUAAACUAUUAAAUAGCAAUAGGAAUCAUGUAAA